CUUUUUAUUGCUCGCUUGAAAAGCAAAGAAAUGGUCUUUUUAUUGUCCUAGCACUAGUAGUCACCUUUUAAUUGUAGAAACAGUUUCAAUCCAGUAGUGAGGAUCAUGCAAACUAGCAGGUACAGACAUAUAUGCAAGUGCACAUGCGUCUGCUCAAUAUUGCGCUUGAUAUUCAUUUCAAGAAGAAAAUGAUGAGCAAAAGGACAAAGAGAAGGAAAAGACAUCAGAAAAAUGGACAGUGAGGUUAUCAAUUCCAACCCAACUGUGUACGACGUCAGUGCAUUUUCGAAGAGAGACAGUGCUGACGAUGCUAUCUUGAAACUAGUAACUAACGACAUAUCACUUACCAACCUCUCCCUUUUCAGUGUUUUUGAAUUCACAGAGAAUCCUCUGGGUUUGUCUGAUUCUGAUGAUUCAGCUUCGGUUCUAUCCUUCGACGACUUGUCAUUAAAAGAGGGCAGGAAUGAUGACGAUGGUUUUUAUAUCAACAACGGUUACAAUACUGAUGAUGAGACAGAAGAAAAGAUAGAUUCUAAGGAUAUUUAUGACUUAAUUGCAUCUAUUUCUGAUCCCGAACAUCCUCUUACGUUGGCCCAACUAGCUGUGGUCCAAUUGCAAGAAAUCCAGGUGAUCAAUGGAAAAAGUGAAGGUGAUAUUGCAGAGGUCGUUAUUCGUAUUACACCCACGAUCACCCACUGUUCGCUAGCCACGUUGAUUGGAUUGGGGAUAAGAGUGAGAUUAGAAAGGAGUUUACCACCUCAAUACCGAAUAACGAUUUUAUUGAAAGAAGGGACUCAUCAAAGUGAAAAUCAGGUUAAUAAGCAGUUGAAUGAUAAGGAAAGAGUUUGUGCUGCUUGUGAAAACGACCAGUUAUUAAAAGUAAUAUCUAAAAUGUUAUCAACAUGCGUUUGAUUAGAUGAGUUGGGAGAUUUUUCAUUUUACACGAUGUUUUGGUGUUGAGAUUGUAUUCUUUAUAUAUGUAUAUAUGUAUAUAUUUAUAUGUAUAUAUAUACCCUAGCAAAAAAUGCAAAUUAAAAUACUGCCUAAAAAAAAAAAUGAAAUGAAAAUGAAAUGAAAAUGAAAUAUAAAUGAAAUAAAAG